CACUCAGCGCGCGCUGAUGGCGGACACCAGCUUCUUCACAAACGCCCAGAGAGUCUGGAGAGAGAAAGUCACUCCCAGAUUCGCCCGCACCGGCGCUGUAGCGCUGUCAUUCAGGCACCUGUUUUGGGGAGUCGGACGAGGUUUCUUUUAGUCCCUAAGUUGCGGGUUUUACUUUGGACGGGGUAAUAUGUGGGACCGGGGAAUAGUGGACUGUGAUAGACCGGACUUGAUUUAGACAGAGCGGAAAGCAACGCAACGCAUGAGGCUCCGUAACUUAGUGACAGAAAUAACAAAAGCCCCAAAGAAGCCGCUGCCCGACCCGAGGAUAUUAUUAUAGUCCGACUGUGGAUAUCUGCUCCGCCAGCAUGAAGUUUGCAGAGCACCUGUCCGCCCAUAUUACUCCAGAAUGGAGGAAACAAUAUAUUCAAUACGAGGCUUUCAAGGAGAUGCUGUAUGCGGCCCAGGACCAGGCUCCAUCCAUAGAAGUCACAGAUGAAGACACCGUCAAAAGGUACUAUGCCAAGUUUGAGGAGAAGUUUUUUCAGACAUGCGAAAAGGAGCUUUCCAAGAUCAACACGUUCUAUUCAGAGAAACUGGCUGAGGCGCAGCGGCGAUUCGCAACUUUGCAGAAUGAGCUGCAGACGUCUCUGGAUGCCCAGCGAGAGAGCAACGCUCCAGGGCUGCGCAGUCGCCGCAAAAUGGUGUUGCCUUUGUCCAACAAGGAGCGCAACAAACAUCGCAACAUCAAAGACCUGCAGCUGGCCUUCAGCGAGUUCUACCUCAGCCUCAUUCUCCUGCAGAACUACCAGAAUCUGAAUUUCACUGGAUUCCGUAAGAUUCUGAAGAAACAUGAUAAGAUUCUGGAUACACAGCGUGGAGCCGAUUGGCGUGUGGCUCACGUGGAGGUGGCUCCAUUCUACACCUGUAAGAAGAUCACACAGCUCAUCUCUGAGACCGAGGCUCUGGUGACCACAGAGCUGGAAGGCGGUGACCGUCAGAAGGCCAUGAAGAGGCUGAGGGUUCCACCUCUUGGAGCAGCACAGCCUGCACCUGCCUGGACCACCUUCCGUGUGGGACUGUAUUGUGGGAUCUUCAUGGUCCUGGCGGUCGCCUUCGUCCUUACUGGUGCUUUUUUCAUUCGUAAUCAGAACAUCUGGCCACUGGUGCGCAUCUACCGCGGCGGUUUCCUUUUGAUUCAGUUUCUCUUUCUCUUGGGGAUUAACACUUAUGGCUGGAGGCAGGCGGGUGUCAAUCAUGUGCUGAUCUUUGAGCUGAACCCCCGGAACAAUCUUUCACAUCAGCAUCUGUUUGAGAUCGCAGGGUUUUUGGGGGUGUUGUGGUGUCUCAGCAUCCUUUCCUGUCUGUUUGCGGACUACACUUGGCUCCCUAUGCAGGCGAACCCCCUCAUCCUCUAUGGCUUUAUGCUCCUCUUCCUCAUCAACCCCUUCAAAACCGCCUACUACAAAUCCCGUUUCUGGCUCAUCAAACUUCUGUUCCGUGUGUUCACCGCCCCGUUCCACCGAGUGGAGUUUGCAGACUUCUGGCUGGCGGAUCAACUCAAUUCCCUGGUCAUUGUGCUCACAGAUCUGGAGUAUCUGGUCUGUUAUUACAGCAUGGAGCUGCAGUGGGGAGAUCGUAGCGGAUUACUUCCCUCCGCAUAUGGUGAUGAAAGGUGUAACAGCUACUCUUACGGAAUUCGGGCCAUCAUCCACUGUCUGCCCGCCUGGCUGCGGUUUGUUCAGUGUCUGCGACGUUACCGUGACACCAGAAGGGCCUUCCCUCACCUGGUGAAUGCUGGGAAAUACUCCACCACCUUCUUUGUGGUCACAUUUGCAGCCCUCUACAGAACUCACAAAGAUCAGAAACAUGCAGACGCUGAGGUGUUUUUCUACAUGCUGGUCCUGUCUUCAGUCGUCAGUUCACUUUACACGCUGAUCUGGGACCUAAAGAUGGACUGGGGUCUUUUCGACCGCAACGCUGGCGAGAAUACCUUCUUGAGAGAGGAGAUUGUUUACCCACAUAAAGCCUACUACUACUCUGCUAUAAUAGAAGAUGUAAUCCUGCGCUUCGCCUGGACACUGCAGAUCUCUCUGACUUCCAUGACUGUCAUUCCUUCCAUCGAGGACAUCGUGGUUACAAUUUUAGCUCCUCUGGAAGUGUUUAGACGUUUUGUGUGGAACUUCUUCCGUCUUGAGAAUGAGCACCUGAAUAACUGCGGUGAGUUUCGAGCGGUGCGAGACAUCUCGGUGGCUCCUCUUAACGCUGACGACCAGACGCUGCUGGAGCAGAUGAUGGACCAGGAGGAUGGAGUCCGGAACAGACAGGGCAAAAAGAGCUGGAAACGGAGCUACAGCCUGUCCUUACGACGACCCCUGCUGUCCUCUCAGUCUAAGAAGGAUACUAAGGUGCUCAUUGAGGAUACGGACGAUGAGGCCUUCAGCUGAACCCAGAUCUCACUGUCCCGCCACCUGUCUCGGCUUUCUAUUGGUUCCUCACAGAGCUGCCUCAGCACACCUGAUCUCAAACACACACAGAUACACACAUAUUUCACUUUAGCACUCACAGAUACCAUCCAAAGACAGAGUAGUGGACAGAGUUAAGCACAAAAACAGCCGUGAGACAUAUCAAGACACAAAACAGUGACAUCGUACAAACACGGACACACACAUACAACGAUAUAUACACACGCACUGAAAAACCAAGUGUGGAAUUUUCCUCAAGGUACUUUUUUUUAUUAGAUUUGUUAAUUUUGUUCUUCUAUAUUGAUACAUUUUUGUACAUUUGUUUAGGUUUUUGAAAUUUAUAUUACUGCACAUGACUGUUUACAAACUUAAAAUAACUAGGAUCUACAGGGAGGAGAGUUAUCAUAUGAAAGAAUAAUAUAAUAUCGUACACAGCACGGACUCGAGCCGCACACAUUUAGAAAUAACAACAGCUCAGUAGCUGAUGUUUGUUAUAGGUGUAGGUAAUAGUUUUUUCUUUCAUUUUGUUUUGUUUUUUGAGUUGUCACGACAUCAGAGUACGGCCCUGGUGGCACUGUUUGGAAAUCCUCGUUAUUUCCUUACCUUAAAAAACAUAGUGUUUUAUUGUUUCAUCAUAUUUAAUACGCAAAUAUAUUUUAUUUUUUCAUUUUUUAACAUGGAUUGCUUUGAUAUCAAAGCUGUCAUAUUUUUGCCAUGUAUGGUUUGUGUUUGAGAGAAU